AUGCCCACGUGGAGAUGGAGCGCGAGAGGAGCAAGGGGGAGAGGCGCGAGGUGGAGCUCGCUCUCUCCGCGUCCGGCAUGGGCCGGCGCGGCGGGGGCAGUUGGGGGGGCAUCCGGGGGUCAAGCCGGCGGUCACGCAGCAGCUGACGGCCAAGAUCGAGACGGCGAGAUGGACAAGGGUGACGUGUUCAACGACGACCCCGGCGGAUGUUGCCGCUACCACCAGUCCGAGCUUCACACCAACGAGCAGUGUCGUCUCCAGCAGCAACUGCGGCGCGCGCGUUCGAGAGAGGGCGCCGAGGAACGCCGCUCGGGCGGCGGCAGCCGCGGUGGCGGCGGUAGCCAGCGAGGGGGUAGACCGCCGCCGGGGCCCUGCCGCAGUGGCGGGCGAUGGGCGUACGUUGUGUCCUACGCCCACGAUGAUGGUGGCUACUACGAAGACUACGGCGAUUACGGUGACGGAUACUACUACUACGACGGCUACCACGACGCCGGGUACGCUCACUACGCCGGCGAUGGGGACAGCUACAACUACUCCUCAGGCAUUGAUGGGGGUGCUGAUUUUGACUUGGGUGCGGCCGCGCUUGGCCCUGGUGCGUCCCCGUUUGCUCUUGGUUCGACUGAAAAGUCCGUUGACAUCAACCGCUUCCACCGCUCCCUUGCCCACGCUUGCGAGCCGCUUUUGAGCGAAACUGCCCAGCAGAGAGGCAUCGUGCUCACGGGCAAGCUGGAACCUUGCACGGACUGCAUGAGGGCGAAGGGCAGGCGAGGGUCAGUGCCGCGGGGGCCGGGAGCGCGAGCGUCUCUGCCCCUCGGGCGUGUUCACCUGGACCUGUGUGGAUCGCUGGUGCCUUCCCUGGGCGGCAACCUCUACCUGUUCGUCGCCGUGGACAGCGCCUCGCGGUGGAACAAGGCCCACGGUCUCCGGCGGAAGUCCGACACGCUGGCGGCAACGAAAAGGCUGCUGGCGCACGUGGGGCGACGACCUCGGGCGCCUCGGGUGGACAACGGCGUCGUCGAGAGCGCCAUUUGGCGCAUCAUGAAGGCCGGCAUGGCCGCCCGCCGCAUCGCUGGCCGUGUGUUCAACGUCGACGUUGCCUCCAUCCCCGGCCUCGACGAGCGCGGCNGCGCCAUUUGGCGCAUCAUGAAGGCCGGCAUGGCCGCCCGCCGCAUCGCUGGCCGUGUGUUCAACGUCGACGUUGCCUCCAUCCCCGGCCUCGACGAGCGCGGUGACCGUCUUUGGAUGAAAUCGGCGAAAUGGGCCGCCGACGCUCUCAACCGGUCGGCGACCAAGGCCAACCCCGGGCGGCUCUCGCCGCACGAGAUGUUCACCGGCGAGCACGGGCCUUUCCGCGUGCUGCCGUCACUCUCUUUCCUCUACCUGAACGGCGGCGACAACCACCCGAGCGGCACCGUCAAGGUCCUCAAGGCGUCCACCGGCCGCGUCGUCUACACCAACAACGUGUCGUGGGUGACGUCUGCGCCAGCCGGCGAGGGGGGUUCCGCUGGUAUCACCGCUGCACCGACACCGCCCCCGUUCACGCCGCCGGUCGUCUCGAUCAACUUUGGCCCAGCACCGACGCCUUCGACCGCCGCACCGCGGCCGCCAGCGCCCACACCGUCGCCCGCUCCCGCUCUCGCUGCCGCUUCGCCCCCUGCAGCAACGCCGCCGCCAGCGACCACGCCUUCACAGCCGCCCUCUGCCACUUCGCCGUCACCGUCGGCGACCCCCGCUCCUGGCCAGCCGUCCUCUGCCGCUUCGCCUUCACUGUGGGCGACCCUCGAUCCAGACCAGCCGCCGUCGCCGCCGGACCCCGGACGCCCCCGCUUACGGCUCACGCCAUGCGGCAGCUUCGCCCGGGCGGGAGCACUCGCAGCGGUGGACCCGGGGGCUGGAGGAGCGGGCUUUCCACUCGCAUUUGCCACGCUCCUCGCCAACCGGGAAGACAUCGACGCCACGCUGCGAGACCAGCGCCCGCCGGAUCAACGCCCUGACCUUCCGCGCUGCCAGGCCAGCGACCUUCGUGUUCCGAAGAGCUACAAAGAGGCCAUGGCGUCGGAGUACUGGCACCUGUCGAGACUUGUAGCGAGAGUGGGAGGUAAGAGCGUUCCCAUAUCUGCGGGGGUGAAGCUUUCCGAUUUUGAUGCGGACGAGGUUGCGACAGACUUUCCGUUUCGUGAACUAGUCGGAUCUUUGAUGUGGCUGGCGACUCAGACUAGACCAGACAUUGCGAAUGCAGGGUACCCUGAUGCGGACUUUGUAAGCAAGGCAGCAGACCGUAGGCCGGUAUCAGGGGGGAUCGUGACGUGUGGAGGAGGCGCCGUGUCUUGGUUUUCCAGAACGCAGAAGUGUGUUACGCUUUCGACGACAGAAGCAGAGUACGUGGCGCUUGGUGACGUAGUGAAGGAGAUCUUGUUUUUGAGGCAGAUUUGGCGCUUUAUGUUGCCGCAGGUCGGCAUGCCGUGCAUCCCAGUCUUCGACGACAACCAGGGGGCGAUUAAACUAGCGCAGAACCCCAUCUCAAACUCGAACUCGAAGUACAUAGAUGCAAGGCACCAUUUUCUCAGGGAACUGGUACAGAGGAAGGAAAUUUCGGUGAUCCACGUGCCGUCGCCAUACCAGCGUGAUGAUUUUCUUGCGAAGAGCUUGUCGAAGGACACUUUCGAGUCUCGUUCAAGGAGUAAGGCCGUGGGCGGUAGCUUGCUCCUAGAGAUAGAUGAAGGUUCUGUCGUUGACACGCUUNGGUCUGGGAUGAAGUGGGGAUCCAACUUCAUCUCAGGGGGUACACAGAGUAGACAAUUCUAA